AUGUUUAAACAAAUAAUUAUAGUUAUUAGUUUAGUUCUUUUUGCUUUUAAUCAAUUGGAUAUUGUUUCAGCUUGUAGAUGUGAUUCAGAUUGUGAAGAUUGUAAUGAAUGUACUUUGGAUACUUGCUCUCGUGGAUGUUGUUCAAAUGUUGAAAUAGAUUGUGACGAUGGUAAUCAAUGUACUGUAGAUUCAUGUUCAAAAGAGACUGGUUGUGCCCAUAAUGAUAUUAAUUGUGACGAUGGUGAUGCUUGUACUACUGAUUCAUGUUCCAAAUUAUCUGGUUGUUGUAACUUGCCAAUCUCUUGUGAUGAUAAUGAUGCUUGCACAACUGAUUCUUGUUUAAAUUCUACCGGUUGUUCAAAUUUACUAAUCUCAUGUGAUGAUGGAAAUGCUUGUACUACUGAUAGUUGCUCAAAGAAAACAGGUUGUUGUAAUUUAUCAAUCUCUUGUGAUGAUGGUAAUGCUUGUACAACUGAUGGUUGUUCAAAGGAAACUGGUUGUACUAAUUCCAAUAUCGAUUGUGACGAUGAUGAUUCUUGUACUACUGAUUCUUGUUCAAAGAAAACUGGUUGUUCAAAUUUACCAAUGUCUUGUGAUGAUAAUGAUGCUUGUACUACCGAUUCAUGCUUAAAUUCUACUGGUUGUUCAAAUUUACCAAUCUCUUGUGAUGAUAAUGAUACUUGUACUACUGGUUCUUGUUCAAAAUCUGCUGGUUGUUGUAAUUCACCAAUUUCAUGUGAUGAUGGUAAUGCUUGUACUACUGAUGGUUGUUCUAAAGAGACUGGUUGUUGUAAUACACCAAUUACUUGUGAUGAUGGUGAUUUGUGUACCAAUGUCUUGUGA